CCGAGGUAAAACAGUGUGAAUAUAAGGGAGGGUUAGUCUGCUGCAAAGACCAGACUGGGUACCUACAAAGUCACUUCUCUUGUAAGGAAGCAGCAGCAGCAGUUUGCAGCCGUCUCGCCGAGUUUGUCUGAAGCCUCUUGCCAACAUGCCUGGAACCUGCACCUCUAUCAUCAACUUGCGCUUCCAAGAUGGCAGCGAAGGGAGUCCUUCUAAUCCUGCCAAGUUCAACAACCAAGACUAUGCGCAGCUGAGAGACAACCUCGUCCGCAGGAGGCAGAUGUUUGUGGACAGAACCUUCCCACCUGACAACCGUUCCCUGGGAGACCUGUCUGACUUGAGCAGCCGGCGUGAAGGCCAAGUGAAGUGGCUUCGACCAGCUAAAAUCUUGGAAGCACAAAACAACAGCAGUGAUCCUACUUUCUUUACCAAAGGAGCCUCACACCUUGACUUUGGUCAAGGCAGUGUGGGUAACUGCUGGUUUCUGGCUUCAAUUUCCUCACUGACGCUCCAGAAAGGCCUGUUGGUGCAAGUUGUGCCUAUGGAUCAGACCUUCAAGACCUAUGCAGGGAUAUUUCACUUCAGGUUCUGGAGGUUCGGCCAGUGGGUGGAUGUUGUCAUUGAUGACUACCUGCCAACACUCGACAACCAGUUGCUGUCUGUGUACUCUAAAAAUGGAAAUGAAUUCUGGGCUUCUCUGCUGGAGAAAGCAUACGCCAAAGUGUGUGGUUCUUACGCAGACAUGUCCGCUGGGACUCCAUCAGAGGGAUCCAAGGAUCUCUGCGGAGGCGUGACCAUGGAUUACGAACUCCAGGGAGCCCACUCUGCAGGCCAUGAUGUGGAACUGUGGAACUCCCUGUGCAGAGCCACCGGGUGCCAGUCCAUGAUUUGCUGCGGGACAGCCCAGAAAGGGGGUGUGUUGGUGAACACUGUAGCAAACACUGGUAUAGUGGAUGCACAUGCCUAUUCUGUCACAGGAGUCACUGAGGUCGUGUAUUACGGCUCCAAAGUGAAGCUGGUACGAAUCAUGAACCCAUGGGGCAGAAAGGAGUGGACCGGAAAGUGGAGUGACAAGUCCGAAAUGUGGCAAAGAGUAAGCCCAGAAGAUCGGGAGAAGUGUGUUGACCGUGACAAUGGAGAGUUCUGGAUGGAGUUGGAGGACUUCUGUCACAAUUUCAGCACGUUGUUCAUCUGCUGUGAGAACCCCAACUUUAUUGAUGGGGACCUUACCUGCCAGUGGAAAUCCAUGACUUACGACGGCAGCUGGAUCGCAGGGAAAUCUGCAGGCGGCAACCUCAACAAACGUUCCUUUGCAAAGAAUCCUCAGUAUCGCAUGCAGGUGACUAAAAUAGACGAGGAGGAGCAGGGAGACAAGAACAUCGUGCUGUCUCUGAUGCAGAAACCUAAGCAGCAGAAUCGCAAAAAGCAAUCAUCCUACCCAAUUGGACUUACCGUCUUUAAGAUUCCUCCAGGGACACCACAAGGACGCCUGAGUUACUCCACCAUUAGGAGAAUGAGACCACAGAAGCAAUCACAGUCUUACACCUAUGCCAGGGAUCUGACUGAGCAGCACAGUCUGGAGCCUGCAGAGUAUGUGAUCAUCCCCUCCACCAUGGAUCCCUACAUGAGUGCAGACUACGUUCUCACUGUCUACUCCAAGACUGAGGCUAAGAUCAGUCCCCAUAAUGAAGAUGAUGAAGACGAUCAUGACCACGAAGAUGAGGAGGAGGAGAAGGAGGAGGAGGAUCUGAUUCUUCCCGAGAUACCAAAUGGCAAUGACAAGGAAAAGGACAAGGAGGAGAUCACUGACCCCUCCCGUGCCUUGUUCAACCGCUACAGUGAUCAGAAUGGUGAGCUGAGAACCAGGCAGCUCCAGACGCUCCUGAAUGACAACUUCCCUCAUGGCACCUACAUGGGCUUUGGUUUGGAUACCUGCAGCAGCAUGGUCGCUACGGUGGAUACCGACCAAAGGAUGACGAUGACCUUCACUGAGUUCUCAAUUCUCUGGAAGAAGAUUAAUGAAUACAAGAAAAGCUUUCAACGCGCAGAUGUAAGUCAGAGUGGAUCCCUGUCUGAAUAUGAGCUCAUGGAGGCAAUCAAAGCUGCAGGAAUUGACACGAGCGACCACAUGGUGAGGCUGAUGAUGUUCCGGUAUUCGGGCAUUUCAAGCACCUCCUUGGAGAGCUUCAUUACGCUCAUGUUACGCCUGGAGAAAAUAUCAAAUAUUUUCAAGGACAGAUCCUCAAAUGGAAUAAUCAACAUGAACUGGAAUGAGUGGACCACCUUCGCCAUGUACAACUAG